GUGUCAAAGUGAAAGUGAAGGUUGUGAGAACUGAAUUUGCCAUUUUACAGCCUGCAGUUUUGUGUGUUUGUGUGUCUGUGUGUGACGGUGUGAUGUGUGGACCGGACGGUGUCAGUUUUCCUGCACACUUGUGUACUGUGAGUCGAGAGAUGUAGUUAGUAGUACCCUCGUCUUGUAUAUAUGUGUGAGCAGUGCAGUGUGGUGCUGUCCUUUGCCUGUUGUUUGUGAUCUUUGCUGUUGUAUAGUAAUAAUUACAUGCAGUGUGUACCGUGUGUGUGGUUUAUUUAGUAUAGUAUUUUACUUUGUUGCUUUGUAGUGUCUUCUUGUACUGUAUUUUGCAGUAUGUGACACAGUGUAUAAAUACGGUAGGUUGUACUUUGUUGGGUUGUAUUAUCUGUUGCUAGUGUUGUGAGUACUGCUUGUGGUAAUUCUGUAUAUACGUGUGGUAGUAAUUCUGUAUAUACGUAUGGUAGUAAUUCUGUAUUUAUAAUUCUGUAUAUAUACGUGUGGCAGUAAUUCUGCAUAUAUACUGUAUGUGUGGUAGUCAUUUUGUAUAUAUACGUGUGAUAGUAAUCCUUUGUACUGUAUACAUGUACUGAACGACCUACACUGAGGAUUAAUAUGAAGAAUGAAUAUUUGCUUCUGGGACUCAUCCUGACGCUGAACAGUUCCAUGGCCCAGGCUGCAGCGGUUUCCCCCACGCAGCGUUCCAUGGACGUUGUCCUCCCCUGUGAAUAUGUGCUGUUGCAGUCAGGUCACGGAGGCCUUGGUUUUAUACGACAAAAAGUGACGCUGAUCCUGCGCAACAUGACGGUGACCGCAGAGCAGCAGACGGAUCCUUUACCAGAUUAUCAGCUUCCCGAGGACCCAGAAAUGACGAUUUUUGAGGCCACAGUGAACCUGGCUCCUCUUCCAUUUGUGGAACGCUUGCUGCAUGUGGAAUGUGAAGGAGAGGAAGCCAUCUGUGAGAUCUCCCCACUCUUUUCCCAGUUCUAUGCCGCUCACAUCCGUCUGCCAGAGAUCAGCAUUGCCAUAGUGGCAAGAGCAACAGCAGCCAAUGACGUAUCAGAGGAGCCUCUGAGUGACAACAGUAUUGUACCAAUGACAGUGGGCCUCCUGAUAUCAUCCUACCCACCUUUACAAAAGGCUUCUGUCUCUGAAGAAGUGACAUUAAAUUGCGAGGUCUGGGGGGACACGGAAGGAGUGAAUGUGGAGUGGCACCUGCAAAAGGAUGGCACAGGACACAGGCUGAACCCUGAGGAGGAUUCCCAUAUCACUAUGAAACAAGGGAGAAACGAAGGGAAGGAAGAUCUGUCUCUGAUCAUAAGACAGCUGCGUGCUCAUGAUGAGGGGACGUACAUCUGUGCUGUGACUUCUGGAGCGCACCAGCUGCAGCAAAUUCUCCAGCUACAGAUUAGAGAGCCUCCUCAGGUGACUGUUUUCCUGAGCACAGACCCAACCCCCACCCUGACUUGCUGCACUAAUCGGUACUAUCCGCUGGAUGUGGAGGUGACCUGGUUGCUGAAUGGGUUGCCGGUUACCCACGCAUCCCCCGUGACGUCCAGUCAUCGCAGAAACAAGGAUGGGACCUACAACCUGACCAGCCUUCUUCAGGUUCCCAUGCCACUACCUGGAGCCCCGCCUGACAUGUACACCUGUGCUGUGUCACACAUGUCAAUCGAGGAUCCAAUCAAGAUCCAGUUUAUCGUUCUCCCACAAGAAACUGUGGUGUCCUCCGGAAUCCUCGGCCUCAUCAUCGCAUUCAUCGUCUUCAUCGCCACACUGAGAGGCGUUUAUAUGUUUGCACGGACAGGGACGGAUGGAGGAGCCAAGGGGAAAAAAACUAAAUGAUGAAAAGGACGGAACUUAAUGGGACUGAUGAAAAGAUGAUUGCCGGAAGUUACUGGAACAGUGAAGACUGUAAUAACAUUUGAAUAUUAGAUGUACAUAAUGCUGGAAAAAGAGUGUAAUGUAAAUUAGAGAUUUCUUUCAAUAAAAUAUUUGGUUUUA